AUGGAGGCCAUCAAGAAGAAGAUGCAGAUGCUGAAGCUGGACAAGGAGAACGCCAUCGACCGUGCCGAGCAAGCCGAGGCUGACAAGAAGGCCGCCGAGGAGAAGUACAAGCAGGUGGAGGAGGAGCUGACGCACCUCCAGAAGAAGCUGAAGGGGACAGAGGACGAGCUGGAAAAAUACUCUGAGGACCUGAAGGAUGCACAGGAGAAGCUGGAAAUGACUGAGAAGAAAGCCUCCGACGCUGAAGGUGAUGUGGCAGCUCUCAACCGUCGCAUCCAGCUCGUGGAGGAGGAGCUAGAUAGGGCUCAGGAGCGCCUGGCCACAGCCCUUCAGAAGCUGGAGGAGGCGGAGAAGGCUGCAGAUGAGAGUGAGAGAGGCAUGAAGGUGAUAGAAAACCGGGCCAUGAAAGACGAGGAGAAGAUGGAGAUUCAGGAGUUGCAGCUCAAGGAGGCCAAGCACAUUGCUGAGGAGGCCGACCGCAAAUAUGAGGAGGUAGCUCGGAAGCUCGUCAUCCUAGAGGGUGAGCUGGAGAGAGCGGAGGAACGUGCGGAGGUGUCUGAACUAAAAUGUGGUGACCUGGAAGAAGAACUCAAGAAUGUCACCAACAAUCUGAAAUCACUUGAGGCAGCCUCAGAAAAGUAUUCUGAAAAGGAGGAUAAAUAUGAAGAAGAAAUUAAAAUCGUGUCUGACAAACUGAAAGAGGCCGAGACCCGAGCCGAAUUUGCAGAGAGAACGGUUGCAAAACUGGAAAAGACUGUUGAUGACCUGGAAGAAAAACUUGCCCAGGCCAAAGAAGAGAACGUGGGCUUGCAUCAGACACUGGAUCAGACACUAAACGAACUGAACUGUAUAUAA